AAAAAACGGAAAGUGGUCUCAGUGGAGUAGUGGGAACGAAAAUCUUGCCUGGUGGAUUGAAGAGAUCAUGGGACAUGAGAAGUACAAAAAGCUCCUUUGAGAUGUUUUCCUGUAAUAAGGAGCAGAGGCUGGCAUGAUGGUGGAGGAAAAUAUGGGCAUAGGGUCAAAAAAAGGUUUCAUUUUAUUGAUGAGAUUAGUAAUAUAUUUCUCAGCCUGCAGGGAAAAGCCAGGAAAGAGGGGGAAAUUGAAUAUGUUGGAGGGAAAAGAGCAAAGUGUCUUCACUAGUAUUGUUUUCAUAAAAUACUCAUUAGAAAUAGGUGAACAUCUUUUUCGAUUCAUCCUUAUGGUUUUCUAUUUUGUCUAAUAAUGUACUGUGUUCCAAGAAUAAAGUUUUCUUCUCUUUGAUACCUGGGUAGAGUUUAUCAGCUACAUUUUGUUUGUAAAAAUGGCUCUGUGAGACUUGGAAACCUUAACACCAUUGAUAACAUUGUUUCUGUGAAGAAAUGUGUUAUGAGUUCUGGAAGGCCUUUGGAAUUUGGCCUGUUUAGAAGCAGGGGUCAAAAAUGACAGGGCAAGCUUGGCUCUUUGAAAAGCGCCAAAGGGCAUCUGCCCUCAUGGAGUUGGUUUACUUUCCCUCUUCCUCUCCCGUUGCCUGGAUCUCCCUUAUCCCUGCUGAUUAUUAUCUUUCAAACCAUAAGAAAGCCCUGACUCACUUAGAGCCUGUAGCUGCAAAGAGUUGAGAACCUUUCACAUGAAUGGUGUGCUUCUUUUAACCAUAGAAAGAAAACUAAGACCUCCUUAAAGCACUUUGUCUCCUACAAUAUGCUCGCCCUUGUAUAAUCAGAAUAAUAUGUUUAGCAUUGUACAUUUACAAGAACUUUUAUAAAAAGGAGGAACUCCAUCUAUUAACUCUCCAAUGUAGCUCUCACCCUCAGAGUAAAAGAUAGGCUGCUUACACUGACAUGCAUGGCCUCACUCAGGCAAUCUUCUCUCUCCCUGUACCCUUGGACUGUCCGGGGCUGACCCACUCCUAACCCCACUUCGGUUCACCACUCACUGUGCUGCAGCCACUCAUUGGAAUGCACUGCAAGUCAUAUACUAUCUCAGGGCCUUUGCACUGACCAUUUCCUCUGUUGGAAGUCUCUUAUCCCCAGGUGUUCAGAUACCCAGCUCCCACAGUUUUUUUACAUUUGUAAUAACAUUCCCUCAGCAGACAUGUCGUAGCCCAUGUAAAUUUUCCAACAGCCCCCUUGACAAAUCAUGUCUUCGGUCUUUACACUAUGUUGUUCUCUUGAGCAUUUAUUGCCAAUGUGCUGUAAAAUUUACAUUUUGUCUCAUUUAGUUUAUAGUUCUACCACUGAAAGCUAAGUUCCAUUAGAAUUGAGAUUUUUUGGUCUAUUUUGUUGACUCUUUGUAUCCUCAGCACCUAGAACAGCACUUGCCACAUUGCAGAUGCUCUAUAAAUAUGUUAGUUGAAUGAAUGAAUGAAUGGAUCAACAUUUCCUAGUUUAUCUUGAUGACAAAUCAGAAUGUUUACCUAUUAUAUUUUCUUAGAGCAAGGAACAACUAUAGGAAAGAGUGGAAACUUUUGAGAGAGAGAGAGUGAAUGAGUGUGUGUGUGUGUGUGUGUGUGUGUGUGCACGCCCACCAGCCCAUGUGCCUAUAUGUUUCCAUACACACAGUCACCAUCCCAUUCCCAAGUUAACCCCAUGCUGGACAGAUUCUCAAAGAAGUAGUGUUGUAAAGAUACAUUCAGUUCCAGGGACAGCAUAGAAGGUAAGGGGUGGUUUGAAGCACCUUGUCAGCCAGAGCCUGGGUCCAUCCCAACCUUUUUGUCUUAAUAAAUCUGGAUACUAUCCCUUCCCUCAAACUCACCCACUGUCCACCCCUGCCUCUGCCUCCCACUCCCCACGGCAGAUGCCCCAGCAGUAUUUCAAGUGGAGGAAGGCCCCGAGGGAUGAGAUGAGAAUGAUUAACUUUGGUUGAAGUUUCCUUCGAGAUUACAAUCUCUGUUUCAUUCACCCGGGAAGCACCACCAGACCCUCCUCUCCAGUUUGAGCAGAUCUUUUAUUCCCUCCCUUUUCGGUGGGGGAGGAAUGGCUCUUCAUUCCACUUUGAAAGCUUCUGUUUGCUGAGCAAAUGCUGACCACACAGAGACCUCACUUGGAGCCAGUUACUGCUUCCUUCCCUAACCAUCCCCCAGGGCCACAACCCCCACUCCCCCCACCCCAGGGGGAGAGUCUUUCUCGGGGAAAGUCUUUGAAAGCUGCCAGGAACCAACUGGUAGGAUUUUUGGAGAGGGAAUCAGGGUUUUGGAGAACAUCUUAAUCCUUCGUUUUGAAAUAAAAGCUUGUGGCUAUAACAUAAGUUUGCGUUUCAGUUCUCAGUAGUAAUACAGUUGUUCGUUGUUCAUUUUUCAUAGCAUCUGUUUACAUAGUUCUGAGUGCCUUGAUUACAGGUUUUAAUAGGGAUUAGUUGGUGCAACCCCUUUCCAUCCCAGAGCUGGGACUCUCUCCCACCCACCUCCCCUUCCAGCCUCUGUACCAUAAUGUUUAAUGUAGCCAUGCCUAGACUGAGAUUCUUUUCCUUUUGAAACAAGUAGCCUGAGGAAUUAAUGCAUAUUUUUGUUGGCACUGCAUCAAAAUUGACAUCACCGGAAAUAAUGUAUGAGUGUCGUCGUUAACUGUACAAACAGGUAUCAUUUCCUUUUUAGGUUCAGAAGUUCUCUGUAGGCUAAAUCAUUUGCAUUCAGACGUCAAUGGAAUGAGCUAAGAAAUGUUAUAGUCAUGAUUUUUGUGUCAUUAAAAGUCAUACUUAGGGCUGGAAAGACUUUCUGCAACAUUUUUGUGCAGUCUUCGAGGAUUUAAAGUAUUUUUUCACUCUUAGAUUUUCUUCAAUUUGACCCACUGUUGCAAACUCCCCUGGGACCAUAUGGAGGGCUCUUUCAUUCAGUGCUUUACGGUAAUGGUUUCAGAGUUUGGUGUUAGCUUUUGCAUUGCUGAAACUUUUCACAGCUGACUUGAUACCAGCACUCAGGCCUGACCUCUCGCUCCUUCAGCACUUCAGAGGUUAAUUUUGUUGGGGGAUUGGAUUUCUUUCCUGGGCUGGGGAAUGGUGAUCCCUGCUAGCUAGUCCUUUAGUUACAGAGUUGCUGGGUGCCUGGGAUUCCCUGGCCCAGUGUGGGCUGGCUCAGCUGGCUAAAGGACUUGCCAUCCCGUGAGAUUCAUUCAGCUUCUUUGUCCACUGUUCUCCAAGGGCCACAAUGUAGUGAAAUGCUGUGGCCUAGGAACCUUACAAGCUGGGACGACAGCAGCUCCGUCAGCAGUGGCAUCAGUGACACCAUAGACAACCUCAGCACUGAUGACAUCAACACCAGCUCCUCCAUCAGCUCCUAUGCCAACACACCCGCCUCCUCUCGAAAAAACCUGGAUGUGCAGACUGAUGCUGAGAAGCACUCACAGGUGGAGAGGAAUUCCCUGUGGUCUGGUGAUGAUGUCAAGAAAUCAGACGGAGGCUCAGACAGCGGCAUAAAAAUGGAGCCAGGUUCCAAGUGGAGGCGGAAUCCUUCUGACGUGUCUGACGAGUCCGACAAAAGCACGUCGGGCAAGAAGAAUCCCGUCAUCUCCCAGACAGGCUCAUGGCGGCGAGGCAUGACAGCUCAGGUGGGCAUCACCAUGCCAAGGACGAAGCCGUCAGCCCCAGCAGGUGCACUGAAGACCCCAGGAACUGGAAAAACAGAUGAUGCAAAGGUGUCUGAGAAAGGAAGGCUUUCUCCAAAAGCCUCCCAGGUGAAGCGCUCCCCAUCAGAUGCAGGCCGGAGCAGUGGUGAUGAGUCCAAAAAGCCCCUCCCCAGCAGCUCUAGGACACCCACUGCCAAUGCCAACAGCUUUGGGUUCAAGAAGCAGAGUGGUUCUGCCGCCGGUCUGGCCAUGAUCACAGCCAGCGGGGCCACUGUUACCAGCAGGUCAGCCACACUGGGCAAAAUCCCAAAGUCGUCAGCACUCGUCAGUAGGUCUGCUGGUCGGAAGUCAAGCAUGGACGGGGUUCAGAAUCAGGACGACGGGUAUCUGUCCCUCAGCUCCCGGACAAACCUUCAGUACCGGAGUUUGCCAAGGCCCAGUAAGUCCAACAGCCGGAAUGGGGCUGGGAACAGGUCUAGCACCAGCAGCAUAGAUUCCAACAUCAGCAGCAAGUCUGCAGGCCUGCCAGUGCCCAAACUGAGGGAGCCUUCCAAAACAGCCCUAGGCAGCUCUCUACCAGGCCUGAUCAACCAGACAGAUAAGGAGAAAGGCAUAUCAUCAGACAACGAGAGCGUGGCUUCCUGUAACUCGGUGAAAGUGAACCCAGCAGCCCAGCCUAUGUCCAGUCCAGCUCAGGCCACUCUCCAGCCUGGAGCCAAGUACCCAGAUGUGGCCUCUCCCACACUCCGCAGACUCUUUGGUGGGAAGCCUGCCAAGCAAGUGCCCAUCGCCACAGCUGAAAACAUGAAAACUUCGGUGGUCAUCUCCAAUCCUCAUGCCACCAUGACUCAGCAAGGUAAUCUAGACUCCCCGUCAGGCAGUGGCGUCCUGAGCAGUGGGAGCAGCAGUCCUCUCUACAGCAAGAAUGUGGACCUCAACCAGUCUCCACUAGCCUCCAGCCCCAGCUCAGCCCACUCGGGCCCUUCCAACAGCCUCACCUGGGGCACCAACGCCAGCAGCUCCUCCGCAGUUAGCAAGGAUGGCCUGGGCUUCCAGUCUGUCAGCAGCCUCCACACCAGCUGUGAGUCCAUCGACAUCUCCCUCAGCAGUGGAGGGGGCCCCAGCCACAAUUCUUCCACUGGCCUCAUCGCCUCCUCCAAGGACGACUCCCUGACUCCCUUUGUCAGAACCAACAGUGUGAAGACCACACUGUCAGAAAGUGACCCGCACCUUGAUAGGAACACUUUGCCUAAGAAAGGACUCAGGUAUACUCCCACCUCUCAGCUUCGCACGCAAGAAGAUGCAAAAGAAUGGUUACGGUCCCACUCUGCAGGAGGCCUGCAGGACACCGCUGCCAAUUCCCCCUUUUCCUCUGGCUCCAGCGUGACUUCUCCCUCUGGAACAAGAUUCAACUUUUCCCAGCUUGCGAGUCCCACUACUGUCACCCAGAUGAGCUUGUCCAACCCGACCAUGCUGAGGACCCACAGCCUCUCCAAUGCCGAUGGGCAGUAUGAUCCAUACACUGACAGCCGCUUCCGGAACAGCUCCAUGUCUCUGGAUGAGAAGAGCAGAACUAUGAGCCGUUCAGGCUCAUUCCGGGAUGGGUUUGAAGAAGUUCAUGGAUCCUCACUCUCCUUGGUUUCCAGCACAUCGUCAAUUUAUUCUACGCCAGAAGAAAAAUGCCAGUCAGAGAUUCGCAAACUGCGGCGGGAACUGGAUGCCUCCCAGGAGAAAGUUUCAGCUUUGACCACCCAGCUGACAGCAAAUGCUCACCUUGUGGCAGCCUUUGAACAGAGCCUUGGUAACAUGACAAUCAGGCUCCAGAGUCUGACAAUGACAGCUGAGCAGAAGGAUUCAGAACUGAAUGAGUUAAGAAAAACCAUUGAGCUGCUAAAGAAACAGAACGCAGCUGCCCAGGCUGCCAUUAAUGGAGUAAUUAACACACCUGAGCUCAACUGCAAAGGAAACGGCACUGCCCAGUCUGCAGACCUCCGCAUCCGCAGGCAGCACUCCUCAGACAGCGUCUCCAGCAUCAACAGUGCCACCAGCCACUCCAGCGUGGGCAGCAACAUAGAGAGUGACUCAAAGAAGAAGAAGAGGAAGAACUGGUUACGCAGCUCCUUCAAGCAAGCUUUCGGGAAGAAGAAGUCCCCCAAAUCUGCGUCCUCUCAUUCAGACAUUGAGGAGAUGACGGAUUCUUCUUUGCCUUCCUCACCAAAGUUACCACACAACGGGUCCACAGGUUCCACCCCACUGCUGAGGAAUUCCCACUCCAACUCUCUGAUUUCAGAAUGCAUGGAUAGUGAAGCUGAGACCGUCAUGCAGCUCCGAAAUGAGUUGAGAGACAAGGAGAUGAAGCUGACGGACAUCCGCUUAGAAGCUCUCAGUUCUGCCCACCAGCUGGACCAGCUCCGGGAGGCCAUGAACAGGAUGCAGAGUGAAAUAGAGAAGCUGAAAGCUGAGAAUGACCGGCUGAAGUCAGAGUCUCAAGGCAGUGGCUGCAGCCGGGCUCCUUCCCAAGUGUCCAUCUCUGCCUCUCCGAGGCAGUCCAUGGGCCUCUCCCAGCACAGCUUGAACCUCACUGAGUCAACCAGCCUGGACAUGUUGCUGGAUGACACUGGUGAAUGCUCGGCUCGGAAGGAAGGAGGCAGGCAUGUUAAGAUAGUUGUCAGCUUUCAGGAGGAAAUGAAGUGGAAGGAGGAUUCCAGACCACACCUCUUUCUUAUUGGCUGCAUUGGAGUUAGUGGCAAGACGAAGUGGGAUGUGCUCGAUGGGGUGGUUAGACGGCUGUUCAAAGAAUACAUAAUUCAUGUCGACCCAGUGAGUCAGCUAGGGCUGAAUUCAGACAGUGUUCUUGGCUACAGCAUUGGAGAAAUCAAGCGUAGCAACACUUCCGAAACACCGGAGCUGCUUCCUUGUGGCUAUCUGGUUGGAGAGAACACAACCAUCACGGUGACUGUCAAAGGGCUCGCAGAAAACAGCCUGGACUCACUGGUGUUUGAGUCCUUGAUCCCCAAGCCCAUCCUGCAGCGCUAUGUCUCCCUGCUGAUGGAGCACCGUCGAAUCAUUCUCUCUGGCCCCAGCGGCACUGGGAAAACCUACCUGGCCAACCGGCUGUCUGAGUAUAUGGUGCUUCGAGAGGGACGGGAGUUGACGGACGGGGUUAUCGCCACCUUUAACGUGGACCAUAAGUCCAGCAAGGAAUUGCGCCAGUACCUGUCCAACCUUGCUGACCAGUGCAACAGUGAGAACAACGCUGUGGACAUGCCCCUCGUCAUCAUCCUGGACAACCUACAUCAUGUGAGCUCUCUGGGCGAGAUCUUCAAUGGGCUGCUCAACUGCAAGUACCACAAAUGCCCUUACAUAAUUGGCACAAUGAACCAGGCUACCUCUUCGACUCCCAACCUGCAGCUUCAUCAUAACUUCAGAUGGGUGCUUUGUGCCAACCACACGGAGCCUGUGAAGGGUUUCCUUGGCCGGUUCCUGAGGAGGAAGCUCAUGGAAACAGAGAUCAGUGGGCGGGUGCGGAAUAUGGAGCUGGUAAAAAUCAUCGACUGGAUUCCCAAGGUCUGGCAUCACCUCAACCGCUUCCUGGAGGCUCACAGCUCCUCAGACGUCACCAUCGGCCCCCGGCUCUUCCUGUCAUGCCCCAUCGAUGUGGACGGCUCGAGAGUGUGGUUCACCGACUUGUGGAACUACUCCAUCAUCCCCUAUCUCCUGGAAGCCGUCAGAGAAGGACUCCAGCUCUAUGGAAGGCGUGCCCCCUGGGAGGAUCCUGCCAAGUGGGUGAUGGACACAUAUCCAUGGGCAGCCAGCCCACAACAGCAUGAGUGGCCUCCCCUGCUGCAGUUACGGCCUGAGGAUGUCGGCUUCGACGGCUACUCCAUGCCUCGGGAGGGAUCGACAAGCAAGCAGGUGCCCCCCAGUGAUGCUGAAGGUGACCCGCUGAUGAACAUGCUGAUGAGGCUUCAGGAGGCAGCCAACUACUCCAGCCCCCAGAGCUAUGACAGCGACUCCAACAGCAACAGCCAUCACGAUGACAUCUUGGACUCCUCUUUGGAGUCCACUCUGUGACAGGGGCCCGGCUGUGGAGCCCAGCGCCCUCCUCUUCUCCUUGCCCCAUUCCACCUGCAUCCCCCACAUCAUCCUGAAAAUGACUUGCUGAGCCAGCCCCCAGCCGCAGCCUUAGAGCUGCGGGAACACCAAGACCCGUCGUCCUUCAGCCUCGACCUGGGUGCAGGCAUCCCAGGUCAGCUGCCCGCGGACCGCUUCCUUCCACAGCGAGAACUGCACUACCUUCUGUUGUACUUUAAUUAUUGUUUUGCCUUGUUGCUGUGACCUCCCUAAGACACUGAAGAUACUUCUCGGGAAAGGAUUGUCGCCGUUGAAAUGAAAAGAGAGAAAAAAAAAAGAAUAGAACCUACAUGAAGCUCUGAAACCAAACAGCAUCCUGCCCGGAGCUUCCCAGAGACAGAAGAGACUGGAGCAAAGUUGGAAACACAGAGAAGCACCGCCUCCCCUCAGCACAGACCCUCCAGACAGGGUCUCAGAGCCAUGCCACCCGCCCUCCCACGCAGCCGGCCACAGGGAGAACUGGUGCUAACUAGGGUGCUUGCUUUGAUGGCGUUCAACGCACUGCAGAGAUCCAACAUGGGAAACCUUAGGAGAAAAUAAACCGCGCUUUCAUGUUUUUUAAAUGGUGCUUUCCUUACCCGAGAGGUAUUUUGCCUGUUCCAGUCCAACCUCCCCCAUUCAGGUCCAUCAGCCUCUGAUUAAUCUGUGAGAGUGAGUGAAGGAGAAAGAAUGUGAGCGAGUAGAUGUUCGACACAACAGCAUGUGUCUGUUUCCUUCUGAUAUAUGAAUGAAUCAGGUUUUUUUUUUCUGCAAACACUGUGUAUAGUGAGACUUGUUCUACUUUGGAGAACUGAUUACCUUUUGAAAAUGAGGUUGAGUUUCUCCCUUUCUGAUGCAUUGAUUUUUUUGAAGAUUUUUUUUCUCCUUCCCCUCUUGGUCAGAAUCAAUCCUUUGGUGAGAGUAAGAACCGCAGGAGCUGAGUUUUGGUUUGGUCCUGCUCAGUUUUGGUUUUUAGUUGUCCAUCCUCACAGUCCUAAACCCUCGCCGCCUCCUGCUAGGGCUGGGGGCAUCUGUGCCCUUUAAAAUGGAUGAGGACCCGGUCCUCGACAUGUGGGUGAGCCAUGGACCUUGUCUUCCCUUCUCGUCCUUGAGGGUUUAGAACACACACCUACACCUCAAGCGUCCCCGCCCCAGCUUCCGGUGGGGUGAUGAGGUCACCCCGCAAAAAACUUGCACUUUCCUCAGAACCAACAUGACGCAGCUCCACAAGGGUGAGAGGGGUCACCCCUCCCAGAAGCCCCGUCUGGAUGAGCCUUGCCUGACCUCUUCGGUGCUGACCUUCCCAAAGUGAUGCCUUACUGGUUUUGUACUAACUGUGUUUCAUUUUACAUAAGUGUCGUGCCUGCCUGGGGUUUGUUUUUUUGUUGUUGUUGUUUUUCCCACUGAAGCAAACAGGGCUAAAAAGUCAUCUAUUCAUUAGGAGAACUCAAGUUGCUGUGACUUUUCUCAUCCAAAAGACUCAUUUGUGUGGAUGCGUGACCAUGGGAAAAAGAAAAAAAAAAAAAGAUCCUUUUUUUUUUUUGGUUCUUAUAAGUCUCCAGCUGACAACCUGACUGGACAGUGAUCUGUCUCGUGCAGGAGAAGGCAAAGUUUCUACAAGUCUACGUGACCUUGCUGAUACUUGCUCCAAUAGAAACCCAGUCUGCUGUGUCUUCAACAUAGUGGUAUUUUCAUUACGAAGUACGGACAAUUUUUGAGUUGUUUGUUUCUGUUUUAUAAAGAGAAUCUUUAUUGGACACCAGUAAGGGUGUCUCUGUUUUAAUGAUCAGGGUUUUUAUUCCAUCUUUUGCAUUUCUAUUUCUGAAGGUUUGUCUCUUGGCAUCUUUUCUUAGUUUCUUACCAUAAGAGUUCGACCCAAAACUGCUCACUUCACAUUGGGUGACACUAUGUUCUUCCUCUUUGAAAAGAAAAGGGGAAUGUGUCCCACUAACUGAUGAAAGGAAAACCUUUCAACACUAUCCCUGCUUUAAUCUCAGCAAACUCAGGCUAUUCUGCUUAGCCCUCAUCAGUCAUCUGGGUGUGAGUGUGUCUUGUUCUCUUUUUGUUCUUAAUAAGACUUUCAAACCAUAUAUUUAGCCUGUGACCAGGGGGCCAAACCCUGAGACUUCUGGUAACCCUGAAGGGUGGCCCUCCUCAGACCAUUUAUCUCCCAGCAAUGACGCUAUAUUCUCGUACUGUGAAUUUAGGAGGAGGUCAAGUUGACGUCUCCUUGUGGGCAGUUUUCCAAUCACCUUGUGAGUAGACACCUGCCAAUAUUGUUUGAAACCUUUUUAAUAUGACAUCCUCUCUUGUCGUUCAUUCUUUUCUCCCCUGUCCCACAGACUUCCCUCCCACUGGGUCCAGGUUCAGAUCCAAGAUUUCUGUACCUGGUGCUGCCUGAUUGGUGAACAUUGACUUCAAGUAGCAUAGCCCUUGUGUGAUUCACAACUCCGUGUCCUUCCUAAAGCUUCGGGAAGCAGGGUUGUCUAAUAUGCACAUUUCUUAUUUUGGUCAUAUUUUUACUUUAGUGUCACUCACCUUGGAUAAAGUGACUUUGUACUCAUUUAGGGCUCUAUCGGAAAUGCUUCCAUUUUGCCUUUUUCUACAGUUAGGCCAAUUUUGAAAUGUAUAAAUUCUAUGCAACAUUUAUGUUGAGUUACCAAUGGAAGCCAAACGCUCUCUUCCCAAACUGCCAAGAAUGAUACAGGCCAUACAUGAGAUGGGAAUACGUUUUAAGAUUCGUUGGGGGUGGGGUGGGAGUGGGACAGGAACAAGACUUGCCUAGACCUUCGUUGUAUCUUGGGGACUUUUACUUUGUUGUUUGAUGCUUACACUUCAAAAUUCUCUGUAUUCAAAUUUGAUUGUGGCGAAUCUACUUCAAAAAGGAAAGAUAAUCCAACUUUGUGGAUACUGAAUGGAAGGUUUGCUGUUUUGAUCUAGUUUCCAGUGGAGCAGUUUAUGAAAUAUGUUCUAUAAGAUGUACAUUUUUUCAUUGUAACAUAGAAAUUGUAAAUAAUUGAUUAAAGUGCUGCAUUUUGAUGAA